AUGAUUCGUUUGCGGAAUUCGUCAAAGGUUGCGCAACUCUACAAGCGGUCGAUGAGCUCAUUCGUCUUGCGGCGAAAGGAGCGCGGAUGGAACAAGAAGGAUACGUCAAAUGACGAGGCCUGCCAGUCGGUUCUUGCUCAGAUCCUGAAAGCAAAGAAGCCUCGGGUUGUCCUGUGUUGUCACACGUCUUAUUCAUAUGAGAAUGAAGUGCUGAAGUGCUUGGAAGUCAAAGUGAAAAAUUAUGGACUUCGCCGGAAGAAGGUCGUUUUCGCGGAGGGCCAUGAGACUGAUCUACUACAAUCUUUCCAUCCGGCAUGUGCCGUGGAAAACACAGAAUGUAGACCGGAGUUUCGAGCGUUGUUGAUACAUCACUUUGUCGCUGCGUUCUCUGUUUUGAGCGAUAAAUUCACGUUUCCGGAUUCCGUCGAGGAGAUCAGAAAGCUGUGCCUCCGGACGGGUAAUCGACUUAAAGAAUUGAUACCGAAACUUGAAGAUGCGGAAGCUGCUAAUUUCAUAUCUGUAGCACUGCAAGGGAAGUAUGAGGAUGCACAGAUCGAGCCCAAAUAUCCUGGCUUCGCCUAUGACACAGAGGGCGAAAUGGAAGUCUUUGACAAGAUGUACGCCCGCUUCCAACGACUCAUCGGAUCAGGGACAAAUACUUUUGGGACGCUUGGGAUCGCUAUCACUAUUACAUUCUACUGGAAGAAACACUUCAAGAAAGAUCCGAUGAAGGAACAGUUGAGACACUGGCUACUGAUUCGUGGAAGCGAACAAGAAGACUGGUUUCCCAGUCCAGGUCACUGCGAGACUCACAACACCCACGACCCACUGAAAGUGGAUGAAAUCACUUCGUUAGAAUAUUCACUAUCCAAGAUGAGCUUUGCACCGCCAAGUGACUCGACAUUACAGGAAAUGAGGAGUAUCAAUGAUGAGAUAACUCAUUUGGCUUCAGCGUUUUUAGCCCUAAUUCGUUUAGAAUUAGUAGCUAGUACGAUGCCAGAUAAUCUUAAAAAUCUUGUGUACAGACAGAAGUGUCUUAUUGAAGGAUAUAUCAAGCAGUCACCUGUGGCGAAUAUCAGCAACACAUUAAGGAUUUGGCGUCUCAUGCAACGUUGUGAGUUCCUGGCUGAUAUGGUCGCGAAUUCAAUCGCAGACUCGAAGGAGUGCGAGCGUGUCUUGGAAGAUUUAUUGGCGAGUGUCAAACAGUUGACCCCAAUCCUUCAGUCUUUAUCUGUAUGA